AUACGUCAUAACUGUGACCUGGUUGUGGAACAUGUAGCGGUUUGUAGUCACCUACAGAGGAAAAAUGCAUAAAUUUUUCUUGCUAAAGUUUAAGUACCUGCAACGAAACACAACAUUGAAAUACGGAAUUCCAAUGCUUUUGCUUGUAGUUGGAGGUUCCUUUGGUCUGCGAGAGUUCACACAAAUCCGCUAUGAUGCCCAGAAGGUCACAGGAAAGCGGGAUCCUGCACUGGCGACCUUAGUGAAAGAACGGGACCAGUCGGUUGUAGUGGAUGAGGAGUAUGAGAAGAUGAAGGAGGUCAAUAUAGAUAAUUGGAAAAACAUUCGUGGCCCUCGUCCCUGGGAGAACUCCAAGGAGUACCAGGAGCAGCAGCGUGCGAGGCAGAGUUAAAAAAGAUGAGGCUGAGCGGCGUUCUGCUCGGCCUCAUCACAGCUGUUUGGCCUUUGUAAAGGUUUGUAAUAAGUUAAUGCACAGAAUCAUAAAGCAGUAAGUUUCUUCUGCAGCAGGUUGCCAUGAAAAAUGACCAUUAAGAGAGACAUGCGGGUACUGUGCACUGUAACUUUCACACAGACAGCCAGCAAAGAAAUAUCUCAACAUACGAUUUCCACGUCUCAAUAAAUGAUGUGCUGCUGAUCCAAAUGGCUGCUUUCAUUUUGUGUUUGACAGAGGCUUGUAAAUGCAGCGAAUCUUUGUUUACAACAAUAUUGCAUUGAUUUACCAGUUGAAAGUAGAAUAAAUAACACAACCGUUCAGCCUUUCCUCAGGCUUUAUAGAUUUCGACAAUAAUCUGUUUCACUGACAGUUAUUGCUUUGCAAUGCGGUGGAUUUAUUACAUUCAUAAUCUAAAUGGUAUUACCUUUGUCUUUUUUGUCAUAGAAAUAAGAUGAAGCUUUUUUGUUCAUGUCAGAUCUCCAUGUUCUGUGUGAUUGUCAGAGGCUGUGCGUGCUGUCUUACCUUGUCAUUCUGUAAAAUUGGGUGCCUGAAAUUGUUCGGGUGCUUGUAAAUGUCCUGGGAUAGAUGGUCUCUAAACCAUGUUUUGUGUAAAGUAUUUGUGACUUGUGAGGUAGAGCAUUUAUUUGCUUUUGAUAUGGCGCUCACAUAUGUAUAUGUGGUGAACCCUCUGUGACCUCACUAAUAUUGCAAAGACAUUCAGCCUCACAGCGUUUUUGGCAUCCACUUUAAAUGAACCAGUGCAGGAAAGAUGAGAGCAGUGAAGCAAAAGAUGUUUUGUUUUUCUGCAUUAACUUAGCAUUACUGCAUGUCUUUGCAAAUGAUGUUUCACUAAUUUAUCAAAUAUGGAUUUGAUGUCCUGUUAAAAACAUUGCAGAUAGUUUAUUUCAUAGCUAUUUAGUAGAGGUACAGCAUGGGUGUGGUACUCAGGCGCCCAAAUGGGUCAGUCCGCAAGCCUUGGGGUCAUAAAUGAGCCAUCAUGCUGCAUGAUGAGCCUGAGCCUUAAUUCGAAACUCCCCCACCCGGUCAAAUGCCAUUCAAUUUUUCAUUUGAAAAUGCAGAAAAACACCAUCAAAUAUUAAUCACAAAUGGGCUAAAAAAGAGGAAGUCAAAUUCAAUAUUUACUGCACCGGUGAACAAGUGGGAGAACUCGUAACGUCUGAGAAACAGGAACCAUGUUGCACAGCGGCACCACUGGAGAUUAUAGACCACCAGACCAACAGCUCAUCCAUGACCUUGAAGUGACUGUCAAGCAACAGGGCCUCAUUUAUCAGUGCUGUGUAGGAACAGAAAUGUGUGUUUAAAAAAAAUGUGUGAAGAUUUCAAAGCAAAGUGUGGGAUUCAGCAAUUUGUACUUCUACUCGUACUUAAAAAAUGUGCACAAAUUCAAGUACAUCUCUGCAUUACUUGUGUCGGCGCCACCUUGUGGAAGAAAAGUGGAACUGCUGCUGAACGACAAUAAUCCAAAUGCACAGAUAGACGCACUGGACCAAAUCAUGAACUAUGAAGAAUAAAGAUAAUUCAUGAAUAGUU